CCCUAAACUCUCUUUCUUUACUUUACUUCCUCUCAUUUUUUUUUGCUUUCUGUCUAGAGUAGAUCUCUGUUUUGAUUUUUAUCUCUACUACGUUUUGUUGAUUUUUUAGAAAAAUGGAGAAAACUGGUGCUGGGAUGACAUUUUCCGAGUUAGGGCAAAGGAGAGAUGACCCGUCGUCGUUGUCCGAUUCAUCGUGGGAGAGGUAUCCGGUAGGGUUCAUGGAGUUACUAGGCGUUCAUCAUCAAGACAGCUCUCGUUAUGCUUUGACCAAUAUGCCGCCGAUGCAGCUAACUGCAACAUCUAACCCGUCGUCGUCCAUCUCAUAUGCUUUGUGCGAAGCAGUGACCGGAAAGGAAAAUAAUAGAUACUACCAGAAACAUGAAAAUGACGACGAAGAACAGAAACAUAAGAGAAAUAAGCGGUUUAAAUCAACGAAGAGUAGUGAACAGACGAAAAUGAAAGCGCCAAGAGUGUCAUUCAUCACGAAGAGCCAAGUUAAUAACCUAGACGAUGGUUAUAAGUGGAGAAAAUACGGUCAAAAACCUGUCAGAAACAGCCCUUUUCCUAGGAGUUACUACCGUUGCACUAUAUCUUGUUGUAACGUGAAGAAGAGGGUGGAGAGAUCAUUCACUGACCAAAGCAGUGUAAUCACCACCUACGAAGGUCAACACACGCAUCCUAGACCACUCAUCUUGUCUAGGCAAGGAAGCUUUGGAUCUGAUGGCUCAGCUUCUGAGGCCUACUUUGACCUGACCCCUACACUCCCUCCUCAGCUUCAUCAGCUUUUCGAUUACAACAACCAUCAUCAACAACAAAAUCAAGAGUUGUCUCCUUUUGGAACCGAAUACCUAAGCAGGCAAGAAAAGGAAUUUAACCAUGACGGUGGAGAUCAUUAUCAUGUGAUUAAGCCGAGACGAACUCAAGAUCUGCUUGAUGGAGCGGGUUUAGUCAAAGACAAUGGCCUUCUUCAAGAUGUUGUUCCAGCUCAUAUCAUUAACGAAGAAUAUUAAUUAAUCGCGUAAUGAAGUAGCUAGCUAGCUAAAUUUUAAUUUUUCAAAUUGCCAACUACGAAUGAAUGUCUUCUUGUAUGAAUCGUGUAGAUAUAAAAGUUUCCAAAAUCUAAUUAUAGGAUUAUGAUGUCACUUCUAUUUGAUCAUGAUGAGUUUUAAUUGAGAUAAUUUCCUUAAUUUAUAGUACCCGUUUGAUCUUGGACCAAACCACUAAACUUGUUUAUUAAAAUGUAUAAAGUUUUUUUUUGAAUGUUUACGUAGUUUUCUAGUUCAGUGUAUAGAUAGUACUAAAGUGAUAUGGAACCAUGAUAAACAAGGUUUUGGGAGCAAUGCUAUGUUCUAUCUAGGGUUUUAGAUUUUCUUUUCCAUAGAGGACAAUUUAUUAUGCUAAAGAUUUAUUUUGAAACACCUUGACGAUUAAUAUAUAUGUAGAAAUUAUUAAUUAAAGAUUGAUUUUGUUACUGCAUUUAACUUCUGAUUAAUAGCUGAACUUUGUGAUGAUUUAAUAAUUAGUGUGAAAAAUUAAACCAAUUCAGUUAUAUGUUACAUAUUGUGUAUGGAAAUGGAGAUGGGAAGGAACAGUUUACGUGAAGAAAAAGGAAAAAAGAUUCACGACUUGUAUGUAUAUCAUGAUUACCCUAUACUGCGAACGUUGAAAAAUAGUUUGCACUGUCAACGUCGUUUGCUAUUUUAAUCUUAAACGUUUUCUUUUCGAUUAUUUAUUUAUUUUGUUCUUAUGGUUUCAUUUAAGAGAAAUUGGGUGAGAUAACCAAAAAAAAUCAAAUUCUAACCUAACCUUUAAUUAAUGAUUUUUACUUUAUACUGUGAUAUAUAUCUUCUUUUGUAAGCAUUAAUUUGAGAUUCCUUCCGCGCGUCUUCAAGCUUUUUGGAAGCAGACUCAAAGAUAUUAUUUGAAUUAGGAGUAGCACUAUAUUUAUAGAAAUGUUUGGCUUCAUCACCCUCUGUCCCCACAUGUCACCCAGUUGAUCGUAUCACAUGGUCUCCAGACAGCAAAAAGCAAACAAAGCAAAAUGACUUUUGUACGUCGUAAAAUCUCGUCAUAUCGUUUAUCAUGCAAUUAAUAUACGCGUAAUCUUAAAGAUUUGUAUAGAUUGCGGGUCAAAAAGACCGGAGUUAAUGCAUAGGAGAAGCAAAAUACAAUUGUUUUUUCAAGUUAAAUUCAUAGUAUAUGAUUUGAUUCGACAAUAUACCCAAGCCGAGAUCAGUUUCGAGAGUAUUAAUUUGAUUCGACAAUAUAACUAAUUAAUGAAUGGUUAAUUAAACUGUUGGUUAAGUGUUAACGCUCCCGUUUUUUUACCAAGCUAAUAAUUCACUGUGUUGAAUAGUUGAAUGUGCAAACUCUUGUUUGAAAAUAUAAUAAAAAUAUUUGAAAAAUGGAAGAAUUUCUUGCUAUUUAUUUUAUAAUAAUUAUACUCCAUCCGUUUUAUUUUAAUUGUUGUUUUAAACUUGGACACACAGAUUAAAAAAUAUUUAAUUUUUGUAUAUUUAUUAAAUAAAAACAUCACUAACAAUACAACUAACUGCAUUUAAUCAAGAGAAAAAAACAUUGAAAUAUAAAGUUAAAAUAUUUUAUAUUGAAAUUAUAAAACGAAACUGUUUUCGAGAGAAACAACACUUAUUUUCAAACGAAUUUUUUUUCUCCACAAAGAUAAUUAAACCGAAAUAGAGGGAAUACAAUUUUCAUUGUCGUCGAAAUAUUGCGUGGCAUGCUUUUGCUUGAUAUUCUGCCCAUCUUCAAGGAAUCAGUAUGAAUAUAUAUUGCUUGAAGGAAUCAAUAUCAUAAUGAUGAGUGAUGACAAAGGGAAGGUCAUAUGACUAAAUGAUGUAUGAUGACUUUAUACAACAUCGAUCUUAUAUACUACUCUCUUUGUUUUAAAAUACAUAAAGUUUUAGUAUUGUGCACAACUAUUAAAAAAAUUAUUUAUUUCAUCUUAAAAGCAUUAUUAAAAUAUAAAUUAAAAGUUAUUUAACCAAUCACAAAUCAGACUACAAAUAUUAUUGGUUAUACGGUUUUCGAUAAAAUUAAAAAAAGUGCAUUGAUAUAUGAAAAUAUCAUCUAUUUUGAAAUAUUAAAAACUCCCUAAAACAUC